UUUGUUUGUUUUUUCCCUAAAAAAAAAAGAUGAAGGGGAGGUGGAGAGGAAGUGGAAAUCUGCUAAAUCUGGGCUGUUUUGAAGAGCUUGAAGUUACGCUGCAGAGCCUUGCACUGGCUCUUGGCAUCAGCUGCAGUUUACAACAUAAGGUCCAGAAUUAGCUAGUUCUGCGUGUGAAGCGAGAAGAUGAGCUAUCGGGGAUAAACUUCCAGGCAGCAAAACACUUCUCGGAGUUGGGAAACGAUGCAUCUGAAAGCCAGCUCCCUCUAAUCUCGUGGGUUUGCUGAAUCCUAAUGCAAGCCGCUGGGGGUAUUCUGGCAAUCCUGCUGGUUUUCAGCCGCCUGUACAAGUAAAACUCUCGACAAAUGUAAACUUUAGAGGCUCUGUUAUUUACUCUGCGAUAAGUUGCUGAGCAAAUACUAGCUUUUGGUUCACAUCGCACACAAAGUUCCCGGUAGGCUGGGGGCUCUACCGAGGGAAGAGGUUCUCGGAGCCACCGAAAGAAAAAGAAACGGACAGACCUUAUUUGGCUUAUCUUAGCAAACAUGCUUAUAAAUUCUCUUCUCUAUCCACCAGGAGUUCAGCCAGAAUGAAACUGGUUCACGUAGCCCUGCUCUAUCUCGGCUCUGCGACCUUCUUCGGGGUGGAUGCUGCAAGGGUGGACGUAGCGACAGAGUUCAAAAGAAAAUGGACGAAAUGGGCACUGAGCCGAGCCAAGCGGGACGUGAAGCCCUCGGGCGCGCUCCGAGCUCUGGGAGCAGCCGCCGCCGUGCAGCCACUCGUACGGCCCCAGGACGUGAAGGAGGAUCCCCGCGUCUCGCAUCCCAGCAGCCGGGAGGAUGCUCACAUCCGCGUCAAGCGCUACCGCCAGAGCAUUAACAGCUUCCCCCACUUUCAAGCCAUCCGCACGGGGUGCCGCUUCGGGACGUGCACGGUGCAGAAGCUGGCCCACCAGAUCUACCAGCUGACCGACAAGGAUAAGGACGGCGCCGCCCCCGUCAGCAAGAUCAGCCCCCAGGGCUACGGCCGCAGGCGGCGCUCCCUGCGCUCCCCCCGGACUCUGCGGGCGCUCCCCCGCGCACCCGCGCUGGGGGUGUGAGCGCCUCGGCCGGCUGCACUCAGGCACAGACACCCCGGGAGCUCGUGGAGGACUCGCGGAGAGCGUCCGUUCGGGCGGGACCCCGGCGCGCCCUCCCGGGGCCGGGGGCGGCGGGGCAGCGAGGACCGGCGGGACGCGCCGCCGGUGGUGCCGCCGCCGAGGGAGCUGUGAGAGCCCCGCCGGGGCGCUCCCGGUCUCCUCGCCCUCCCCGGGCGAGGCCCCGCCGCCGCCGCCUGGGGCUGGAAGGCGGCCGCCCCUCGCGCCGUGCUCGCCGCCGGGGGCCGGGACCGGGCCUUCGUCGCCGGGAGGCUGCGCCCUGCGCUGCCCGGCUCCGGCCGCCCCGAGGAGGGGCGCUCGGGGGAGCCCCGCAGCCGGCCCCCGGGCAGGCCAGGUCGCCCCCACCUGCUCUACCCUCUGCGCUAUCUGCACCCGGCAGGGAAUCGGACACUCACUAGUCCCUGCGGGGACUGCGAUAUACUUGAACGUCACAGAGAGGAAAAGUGCAAUUGUACGUGGUUUUUGUUAAUUAUGUGCGGUGCGGUGUGUGUGGAUCAUGAGAUACGUAUCGAUAUUUAAGAUUGUCCUGUGUCAUGUCCUGUUUGUAUCUUUUUUGGAAAAUAUAUUUUAUUUUUAUACGUUUAUAUAUAUAUAUUGCAUAUGGGCAUUUUAAAACAUUGUAACCCCUCUAUUUUUCAUAUCGUGAAUGUCAAACGUUGUUAAACUCUUUUUCCAUACCUUUUUUAUCUCGCAUUCCAGACUGGUGAAAGAUGUAGAGAAUGUAUCAGCUGUUCUCCAUGGGUAAUAUGUGAAAUAAAGUAAACACUAUUACGUAAA